UUUCUGCCCAACUAUGCCUGGUCACACUUAUAUUUUUAAGUAAAUUCCUUGUUACUAGUUUCUUGGGUCCUGAAAAGCAUUCAAAUAUGUCCGAUCCAGGCAAUGCUGGCUACAACAUAACAAAGGAUCCUGCCUUGGCCAAGAGUCGCAUCUUCGUGGGCAAUCUGCCCAUUUGUACGCGCGAGGAGCUGGUGAGCAUUUGCCAGCCAUACGGCAAAGUCCUCGGCUCGAUGGUCCAGAAAAACUACGGAUUCGUGCAAUUCGAAUCGGAGGAGCUGGCCAAUAAAGCAGCCUCCGCCCUGCACAAGUCUACUUUUAAGCAAAACAUGCUCACCGUACGCAACGCCAGCAUUAAAGCAAAGGCAGCCAACGCGAAUGCCAAGCGGAAUCCGAUGCAAGGAGCCCAGGUCACAGUUCAAGGUGGGAUUGUGAUGUCCGCGGCGGCAGCGGCUGCUGGUCAACCGCUCAUCAACGAUUGCGAGAUUAUAGUCGUGAAUCGGGAGAAUAGCAAAUACGCCGAGUACAUUGAAGAGCGUCUGCGGAAUGCCGGUAUGCGGGUGGAUGUCCUCUUCCCCAACGAGGAUGUCAUGCUGGGCAAGGUCCUGGCCAACAUCUCAUCGCGCGGCUGCCUGUAUGCGGUUCUAGUAACGCCGCAGCACGAGGAGCACAACAGCAUCACCGUGAACAUCCUGUAUGGCGUGCCCGCCGAGCACCGCAACAUGCCGCUGGAGGACGCCAUCACCCUGGUGGCCACCGACUUUAGGCUGAAGAAGCAGCGCGAUGCUGUCGCCCUACCGGCAGUCGCCGUCAUUCACAAGGGACAGCGACGCCAUCCGGAGCAAAUGCAGGAACUGCUCGAGAGGCUAGCCGACAAUCAUCCCUUGACCGCCUCACAGUACGAGGUGAUCAUCCAGUACUUAAAGGGCGAGUGCGAGGAGCCUAAGCGGGAGGUGGGCGAGGCCAAUGCCCUGGCCAAACUCAAGGCCCCCGACCCAGAGAUCGAGCUGCAGAAGAAGAUCCUCAGCAUUAUGAACAAGCCGGCGGUUACCGAGAUCAGCUGCGAGCUCAUGUACCCCACUUUCGAGGCGGUCAAGGAGGACAAGCGGCUGAUGGAGCUGCUGGGCGACGAACGCGUCAUGGCGGCCCUGGAGAGCGUUUACAACUCGGAUCUCAAGCAGACUAUAGCCGAGUUCUUAUAGAUUCUCAGGCUUCCAUAUAUCUUAAGACUCUAACCACUAACAACUUCGUGUCCUUCGAGUUGGCGCAGGGAGUAUUUCUCAGUCAGUUUUAAAACACUGCACUACUGUAGCCGAUUUCUUAAUGAGAACAGGCAUUUAAUAAAUGUAAGACGUUAGCCAGAGAUUGGCUGUAAGACCAGGAUUGUGUUUCUUAUACAUAUAAAUCGGAAAU